AUGUUUGCGGCCACCACGGCCAUCAUUCAAAUUGUCCCAAGAAUUCCUGAGCAGUCAUUACGACACCACCCAGAGCGGACUCAAUUUCGAGAGGAGAUCUCGAGGCGAGAGGUAGAAAGCGGUAUUAUGGGAAUCCUAACAAGCCUUCCUACGGGCACUGUCGAAGAUGGGUUGUAUGCUGUCGAGAACGUGCCUGGUAAGGGAAAAGGCCUCAUCGCAACUAAAGACAUACCCAAAGGCAUGCGAAUCAUCUCCGAGCAACCAGCCAUCACGGUAGGAGGUAGGAUGGCAAGCAUGGAGCAAUUUGAGGCGGCGAUUUGUCAACAAGUCAGCUCUCUGAGCACAGAUCAGAUACGCGACUUCUGUUCCAUGGGCAAUGUCUAUCCUUACACCGACGCUAAAACCAGAUGGCGCGGUAUCUUUCAAACCAAUGCUUUACCUAUCGGAUCAAACUUGGAUGCUGGAGGUAUCUUUUUUCAAGCAUGUCGUAUCAAUCAUGCUUGUAACAGCAACUCGACGAAUUUCUGGAACGACAGACUCAGCAAGCUUACGAUUCAAGCCAUAAGAGAUAUUGGAGAAGGAGAGGAGAUUACGAUAUCUUACCUGAGCAGUCAUAGAGAUCGCCAAACGCGGCGGGAAGAGCUCCAGAAAAACUUCAAAUUCACAUGCCUGUGUGAACUCUGCUCCUUACCACGUAGCCAAAGGAGAAAGAGCAACAUAAAGCUGAAUCGCAUUCACAAAAUCGACUGCAUAAUCGAGGAAGGUGGUGUCCGUGGUCUCAUCCUAAACCCACGGCAGAUGCUUAGCUAUAUCGAUGAACAGGUUCGAUUGUGGAACGAACCAGUUCCGAAUGACAUCGGCCUUGCACGAGCGUAUCCUGACGCCUUCGAGGUUGCUAUCGCAAACGGUGAUUUGGCAAGGGCUUGCGUAUUUGCAGAGAGGCUGGUGCCACUGUAUGUGACCACCAUGGGAGCAGACAGUCCCGAUGUGAUGCAGUACAAAAGGCUGAUCAGAGACCCUACUACCCAUCGGUACUAUGGCUUGUCGAUGAAUUGGAGUACAAAGUUGGAUGAGAUUCCUCGUGGACUGGGACCGAAGGAAUUUGAGGAUUGGUUAUGGAAAAGGUGA